CGCAGGAACUACGAAGAGAUUAUUGGAACAUUCCUCGGGAACCAGAACAUUAUAAAUUGUAUUCACAGCCAUGACGGACGUCAGCGCAGCAGCCACCGCCGCAGGAGCGUCGGGGGGAAUAGCCACGGCCCGAAUAACUCCGACAGCCAGCUCGUUUCUCGACGCGCACCGCUGGGCGCUCGUGCUCGGCUCUGCUCUAGCCGUCGUCGCCGCAGCGAGUUAUUUCCGUCGGCGCUGGCAACGGCGUGCUCAGGCUGCCGCACCGCCAACUCAGCAGCCCACGCGGUCAGCCAUCCCAACAGAAUCUGAAUCUCCCAUGAAGUCAACAGGCUUCACACCGCAGCAGCAGCAUCACAACACUAGACCCGCCUCCUCCUCCUCACAGCAGGGCUCAAGGAAGCAGCAGCUGGACGCGCAAAGACAAGCAGCCAUGGAGCGACUGCAGGGGCAGAUGGACCGGGCGGGCGCUGAGUGGCGGGCACACGAGGCGGAGAGGAAGGAGGAGGAGAGGAAGAAAGAGGAGGCGAGGAGGCAUAAGCAGCUACAGUACUUGGAGGAGGAGGAAGUGAGGCUAGGGUUCAAGCAUAAGGGGGAAGGGGGGGACUGGGACAGGGGCAAGGGCAAGACGGAGUAGUAGUCCGGCUGCUGGUCAUUGGAGGCGUGCUGCUUCUGUCGGCACUAGCUCAGGGUAUGCCAAUCUAUUCCUACACUUAGCCGGGUAACUGGUAGUACUACCGCUGUGCCUGCUUCUUUGGUGGGCUUCGUUUCCCCAACUUCAGGAGCUUGGGGGUGCCAGUGUACAAAAGUAUGGGGGCUCCUGAUUUGAGCGUGCAUAAGAAUAGGAGGCAGCAGUACAAUGCAUGGGGCUUG